AUUUUUGUCCUCAAUUUACUCGACAUAUUCAAACGAGACAACACCACCGAUAUUGUCCACUGUCUUAGCGCGUUUUUUUCCGAAAAGUUUUCACAGUUUAUGCGGGGGUGAAGAUACGUUGUACGAGGUUCGAAUCCGAGUGAACUUUAGUGAUUUACCGCCCUAGUGAGGAAAAUGGAGUUACCCUACAAAUUGAACACGAAAAUUCUGUUGUUGGCCCUUAUGGGUGUGAUAAUGGUCAUAUGCUCCUACUUCAUGUUCGUGUAUGAACCCAUCAGCCUUAUAAUAAAAAAGCUGUUAUCCUUGGAAACUGGAACGCUGUUCUUCUAUCUAUGGCAAGACCCACCGUACAAGAUAUACAUAAACGUGAACAUUUUCAGUGUUACCAACCAGGAAAAGUUCACGAGGGGAGAAGAAAAAUUGGCUCUCCAAGAAGUGGGACCAUACUGUUUCCAGGAAAUACUACUGAACACGAACGUUACGUUUCAUCCUAAUGGUACAGUCUCCUACGUUCCAGUUAGAAGUCUCAAGUUCAUCAGAGAAAGAUCAGUCGGAGAUAUUAACAUUGAUAGGGUUGUAUCCCCUAACAUCCCUUUAGUGGGUAUUUCCGCCAUGUUAAGGGACUCCUCGAUGUUCACCAAUCUAGCCCUGACAAUGAUCAGCAACACAGCAAAUUCCAAAUCCUUCGUAAACGUUACAGUUCACGACUACCUGUUUGGCUACGAUGAUCUCUUGGUGAAACUAGCCAAUACGGCCCUGCCCACCUGGAUCAACUUCGACAAAUUCGGAAUUUUGGACAGGAUCAUGGCUCUAGAGAACGCCUCCAACAUCGUCACAAUCACGAGCGAUCACGUGUUGGCCAAGCCCACAAACCCCCUCUACGCUGCAGAAGACCUCAAGAGGGACUUCUACAUCCAAGAGUACAACGGAUCCCCCGGUCUACGCCAAUGGGGCUACGAAGACACCGAGGGAAACGAAACCUGCAGCAGCAACUCCAAGUGCAACUUCAUCGGCGGAGGUUUCGAUGGUACCCUAUUCCCCAGAGACUUAACACUGGACCAAGGCAUGCUCUUGUACAGAAGAGCCUUCUGCAGGCCCGUACCCGCAGUCCCAGUGAGAGAAGUCAUCAUGAAUGGUUAUGAAGGCGUGGAGUACGCUGUUAAAAAAGACUUCUUAUAUGAGCCAUCCGCCAACCCAGACAACGCUUGUUACUGCAAAGAGGAAGGGGAUUGCUUACCAAGGGGUAUAGUCAGUAUAGCCCCAUGCUACUACGAUAUCCCAAUAACCCUAUCCCAACCACACUUCUACAACGCCGAUCCCAGCCUGUUGGAACAAGUCACUGGUUUGCUACCCAACAGAUCCAAACACGACGUGAAUUUCACCCUUCACAAGCAGCUAGGACUUCCAAUUCAGGCUAAUUUAAGGAUUCAAGUCAACCUAGACGUUGGCGAGACCAAGUACAACGCUAAAACCACCAUCUUCAACAACCUACAUCUUCCGCUCUGCUGGUUAGAGCUUCAAGUAGAUGAGGUCCCUCUUUUGGUCAACGUGUUGAUAACCUUAGCCUUCGUUUUGGCCCCCAUAAGCGCGGUGAUACUCAAGUACUGCCUGGUCAUCUUCGGAGCAGCAAUGAUCUCCUGCUCGGCCCUGCUGAUGUUGAGCUCGUCGGAGAUAGUGGCAGAAAACAAUCUGGAGGCUUUGCCGUUCAGCAGGUUCAGUCUGAGGAGGAGCAGCGAGUACAAGCCGAUCCCAGUGAGUUCGCCUCAGCAGUAUCUGAGGCAGAACAUGAGAAGGAUAUCUAAGUGAAUUGACUUUGUAUCGAAGGUAGAUUUGGCGUCUGUGAUGCCGUAUAGACUGAUUUUUAAUUUAUUGCCGAUUCAAAUGUACAUAGUUCGAAAAGUGAUAUUUUUGGUGAUACUUAGAGUAGUGUGGUUUUGUAAGUGAAUUAAAUUGAAUUAUUUCAUAA